UAGUUGACUUCAUUGUGGUAAACAACAGAACAAAUUAAUCAGCUCAACAUGUCUCUCAAGGUCGUAUUCCUGUUGGCCAUCCUUGCCGUUGUCGCUGCUGACCACGGAUUCUCCUCUCAAUACAUCCACAAGCAUGACGGUCACCAUGAAGUAGUGUCUCACGGGCACGACCAUCAUCAUCAUGACUACUAUACUGUUCCCAAAUACGAGUUCGAGUACAAGGUGGACGACCACCACACCGGCGACCACAAGGUGCAGCACGAGAAGCGCGACCAUGACGUCACCGACAGCGACUACAAGACCAAGAUUGAGCACAUCGUCCCGCACCACCAUCACUAG